AUGGCAACAAUCGCCUUAAUCGGCCUCGGCUCCGUAGGCGCCUCAACCGCCCUAUCCCUAAUCCACCGGCGCAUCCAAGGCACCCUCCUCCUCGUGGAUAUCAAAUCCAGUCUCCGGGACGCACAAGUGCGCGAUCUGGCUGAUGCGGCGCUCCUUUACGGCUCCGUGACCAAGAUCGAAGCGGCCACGCACCAGGAAGCAAGUCAAGCAGAUGUGGUGAUCAUUACCGCGGGGGUGAAUUAUACUCCUGGAGAAACCACCCUCCAACACCUCUACCACAAAUUCAGUAUCCUGAAGAGCAUACUCAACGAGAUGCGGCCGUUCAACCCUAAUGCUAUUAUAUUGGUCGUCGCUAACCCAGUUGAUACUCUCACCACCCUCGCUCAAGACAUCGCAGGCCUGCCGAGAAAGCAAGUUAUCGGGGUGGGGACUUGUAUCGACUCACUACGGCUACAGGACGAGGUAUCCCGCUUCCUGGGUACCACGAUGGAAGAAACAGAGGGGUAUGUGGUCGGUGUGCGGGACAGUGAGAGCCAGGUUGUCGGGUGGUCCGGGUUAAUGACUCCCCAAGGGAGGGAUGGGAUCGCGAUUCAGAAGAGGAUAGAGAUAGAAAAUAAGAUUUGGGGCAGGCUGAAGGCCAUUGUUGCUGGGAAAGGGGGCGCGCCGUGGGGGAUUGGAGCUGUGGCCGGGGGGAUUGCGGUGGCGGUGCUGGAGGAUAAUAAGAAGACUGUCUGGACGAUUUAUCAGCUUCUCCCCAUUCUGCUUCUGCUCACUCGCCACCACCUGCCUUUUCACAUUCACAAAACUAUCCGGAAUUACCGAUACCGAAUCAAUUCCUACUUCAACCAAGAACCGCGCAAACUCAGGAUGAUAACUCGGUGCCUAUCCGCAGAUGCCCACCUUGCAGCCAGCCCUACGUGCCACGCGAGCAACCUGCGCAACCAGCGUCUUGGUCGCCUCUCCCUGCUCAUAGAACAGCUCCCCCAACUCAUCCGAGUCGUGGUCAUUCCCCCAUAUCAGCUGCGUGAGAUCAGUCGACCAGAUCAAGAACCCAUCAAAGUGCGCCGCGAACUGCUCCGCUAG